CCAUCUGCAAAUAAAGUUUUUUGAUUCUAUCCGAUCGGUCCAAUCGAUUUGGAUCCGAGACUCACCACAUGUGCCAAAAGUAGAGGCAAGUCUGAUUUCGCACACAAAACCUCGAAACAAGCCCAGUAACGUCCAUUCUUUUUCGGCUCUUCUAUACCCGUAAACGCUUUUCUCCUCGGUGAUGAGCCCACUCCUCUCCUAUAAUACUACAAUAGGUCUAUAAAUGACACACGUGCUGUCGGUCCGAAAAAAUUGCUUCUAGGUCGAAAGUACACUUCGCAGGUUCACAUUUCAAAAAGUUAAAGUUUUUUGUCGUAGUUAUCAUCAACAUAUUGUCAUGCAUCGGGACGAUCUGACGGAAAAAAAAAUCGUUGUCGCUCGGGUGUCGUUCUAUCAUGAGUUUCUCGGUUCCAGAGCUCUAUCGGUGUCGCGGCUUUCCGUAGGAGGUACCUCUUUUCACUGAGUGGCCUCAUACAUAGAUGCGGAAUUGAUGCUAUGAAACAGGCGCCAUGUUGUCAUGACGCUAGAGAAAAACUGCCAUGCACCCCUUCUAGGAAGAGUCAUGGGAAAGCGUUUUGUCACCUCACACAUUUCUUCGUAUCUCUUCCAAAGAAAGUGAAAAUAGGAUGUGGAUUUCUCCGACGUUUUGUCGUUUUGUGACCGAAAAUCUAAGUGGAUCAUUAUGAAGAACAGCUUUGAUUAUGAGAGGUAGAUAGUUGCCUAGAUCAAGAUAGAAUAUACGGGAUCACCACGUAAAGACAUCCUAUUUAUUGCUAUUCCUUGAGUGGGAAGAUCCAAGAAAAUGGCGGAUGUAUUUGAGGUGCAGUGGAAGAUGCGGGACUUGUUCCAGCAACUAGAUGUGCAGUCGGGAAAAGGAAAGGAUAAGACUGUGAAUCAAAUGCGACUCUGCUACCAGAUGUCGCAGUUGCAAGAUCAUCUCGUGCGUGCGAGCAAAAAGAAAAUGCGCAAGUCCUGCGGAUCGAGAAGCAGUACAUAUACUCUGACUCUUUGAUGAUGCGAAUCUAUUUGGCAGAUUGCCUAAGAUUCUACUCUGACUUAUCUUGCUUCUACUAACUAUGUAUUGACCCAUCUCAAUGUUGCAGGUCCCAGGACGGGCUAAGGUUUGCUAGAAUUUGAAAUGAAGCUGGUUCAAACAUGGUGUGUUGAAGACAUAGAAAAAUGAGUAUUCGAAAACCCAAAAUAACUAUCGAGUUACUGACUGAAAUAAGAGAGUCUUGGCUACAUUCCUCUUCUUUCAGUAUCUCCCUGAUUUUCACUAGUUACGCGCUUAUUUUAGUUUAUCGAAUAGUCUGUCAAGUUGACAGGUCUGGAAUUCGAGAAGGGCCAGUCGCACAAGCAGCAUCAGGGAACCCGUUCGGGCUCGUCAGGGGGAGUCAAGAAAAAAGCGCAGCGUCGGCUUUUCAAGCGCUUCGAGGCGCUAAUCGAAGGUCGAAUUCACGCUACAGCGGAGGAGAGCAAACUCCACAAACUCCGGAAGAGCCUCGAGGAGGAGAUACACAGUUGUGCGCGGAAAAAGAAAAGCCUACUGCAAAACCACCAUCUUAUGGAACAUAAUGACGAAUUGCCACUCCUUAUUCUAAGAAGUAUGAUUAGUAUUGAUUCCUGCAAGCCAAUAUCCCGUUCACGUUGAUUUUUGCAUUCACGAUUUUUGCCUCGAGCAGAACUAAAAACUAGCCCUGUAUCCCCCGUUACAUCAGAAGUUCUAGAGAACACGAUCGUGUUUUUGUUGCCUACCUCCCUCUUCAUGUACGAGCAGCAGGAAGUGCGGCAAAUGAUCAAGGGCCGACGUCCGGUUUCAGCGUCGUCAAUCGGGAGUCGUUCGCGCCCGCUGUCGGCAGGGCCGUGCUUGCAGGGCGGAUCCAGCCAGGAGUUGAUGGGCGUAGAAGGUCAGCUCACGUCAGUCGCGGAGGCCAAGGUGCAGAAAUUGUUGAACGAGAACUUGAUGGGAACUCCAUUUCGAGGUGACUCGGCCAAUGUUGGGCGAACGAGUGCUGCGGAAAGCAGUAACCACGCUCUAGUUAAACACUGGCAACAAAUUCAGAAAAUGCGCAACCAAGUCCACAAGCAAUUCGAGAAAGAGUUGAAAAAGCGACCGGUAGAACGAUAGACUAGUUACUUUACAUUUGAGCGUGGAGAUACAGAGCUUCAUAUUUUCAAUGAAGCACGCGAGCAGGCUAGCAUGCUAUGGCAUUUAUGCAUUUUUCAAUCUUCUUCUUACAAUGAAUCUGAGAUGCUUGUUCCGUUGCCCAUAAUGAAUCAGCUUCUUUGCAAACACACAGAUGUCGGCCGGCGCGAUGUGCCAGCAUUCCACUGACUCGCAACGAACGCCACCUGGGGAUGGGCGAAAGCUUUUCGCUGAGGACAUGGGUGAGCAUCAGCACAUCGGUUCUCGGGACCCGUGCCACAUCAGCAGCAGCGGCUCUCAGCACGACGACUCCUCGUCCACAAUGCGCAGUCGCGAGAGCACGAUGCGAAGCAGCACCAUUGGAAGCAUCGGCUAUGGAGGCGGACGCAACUUUCGCGGCGAAACUGACGAGAAGGGCCGCUAUGGCGGAGCAGGUGGAAGCGAAUACAACUAUCACUCUGCGGCCGGAGGUGGAAAUAAAGCGCGCACGCGGCCGCAGAGCGGGCAUGCGCAAGGUCACCUGCCCGCCGAUGAAGAUCCUGAUGCACUCAUGAAGCCGCGGCCGCUGUCGGCGCACCCAACAAAGCCGAAUAAUUACAAAUCCACGUGGCCGAACACUCACGCAGGUCACACUCAGCCAAGAGGAAGCAAAAGACCGUGGACUUCGGCUGGGUGUUUCAUUAAUUUCGAGAAACGAAUUUUAGACCGCGUGCCACGCGAGAGCAGUGCGACUGUGAAGCGGCGAAACAAAAUCCAGAACCGGCGACCGCGGCCCAACCGCCACCGCUCGUCCAGUUUUGAGGGGGUCAUGUCGGACACCGGCGGCGGACUAAAUUCGGCCACGAUGGUGCGCAAGAACAAGCGUGCGAGUGCGGACGAGCUGCGACAACGGUAUGGACCUAACUGUCCGAUUGGUCUGGAGCCCGAUGAGGGCUACGCGAGCGAUGAAGCCUUCAUCAUGGACGACGCCGACGAUGGCUAUGCCAGCGAUACGUCCGAAAAAAUCCGCGAAGCCGAGAGCGUGCACCAUCAUCGGCGUAUCUUCAGUGCCGCGAAGAGCAGAGAGAAUCGCCAAACCCUGUCCGCGAAAAUUGCGGCAGCGAACGAGAAAAUUCGGGAGGCAGGUGCGAACAGCUCCACUACUUGCCUUUCGGGCGGAAGCAGCAGUUCGGUCUCCUGCAGCACCUCUGGUCAUGUCACGUCGUGUGGCGAAGGCGCUGCGAAAACGAUGCGAGAGGAGAACGGUGCGCCCAAGGGGAUGUCAGAAAAGUUGCAAGUCGAACACCUCAGCGAUGAGGUGAGUGUCGAUGCUGGCGGUGAGCAUAGUCUUCAAAUAGCUCAACAUCUGGUGUCGCUGGAAGGCGCUAGCGGUGUAGACCAAACCGCCGGGCAAACUGCCAUAUCCGAAGGCGCCAACGCUGGGUCACUCGCGCAGGAAGGAACAGGCAAACAAGACGGCGCGAUGGCAGUUCGAGCGCCUGGGAUGAAGGGAUACUCUGCAGAGCAGAACAAGGAGGUUGCAGCCGAUAUCGAAAGUAUACUCGCACAUUUGCCGUCGCCGAGCCGACGCCGCCGCAUCAAUCCUUUGCAAAAUCGUUUGGUGCCCACAUUGGACCUGUCGCGAACGAAAGGCUUCAAGGAAGACGUCACAUACCCUGUGCUUUCCACAGCGUAUACGUCAAGCAACGCAGCGGACACGGACCGCCAGAUGCCCAUGGACGACUACGUGCAUGGGCAAUCGUCAAGCGCAGAUGGGUUGCAGACUGCUGUGGUGCAGCAGCAUCCGCUGACAAUCAACAAGCUGGCGAAUGCUAGCACUAGAAAUAGAGAGGGCGGAGCAACUACUAAGAGUGGGUCAAAAAAAUCGAGAGGGAAGUCGCGUAGCCGUGCGUCUUCUGGAGGUGCUAAGAAGCAAGAGACUAGUGGGUCUGGAGCAGCUAUGAGCAACAAAGCAACGACACCAUUGUCAGCCUCAGCGGCCAGUUCGGCUGCUUCCUCUAGCAACAAGAUGCAGGCUGUGAGUGACAGUAACUCAUCAAACGGCGCUCUUCGGCGCAAGAAACUACCUUCUCGCUCGUUCACGACAGGAAUUGACAUUGCACCGCAGGAGCCAGCGCUGCAGCAAGGUGUAGUGGCUAGCGAUCUGACACUGAAGACGGACUCUGCCAAUGGAGUUGCCAGACCGCCUAUUUUUGCGAAGGAAGUGUUGCAGUCACUGAACAAUUUUGAAUUCAACACGAGGGCGCGAUUUGCGGAAGCGGGUAUCGAGGGACUAGAGCGCGAGCACCGACAGGGCCCACUCGGCAAUCUGGAGGUUGGUUCCGUCGCUCGCACGGAGUAUGCUGGGCGCGGUAACACGUUCGAACUCAACAGGGCGAGCGCCCAUCAGUCGUCUAAUUCUUCAUUACAUCAGAGUCUCAGUGGUAAAGACUUGAAUGCGCGAAAUCUAGCGGAACGCGUUGACGCGCAAGUGCGCGCCGCGAAUAUGCGCUUGGCGUCAGGUAGUGCUGUGCUGCUUUCCAGAAGUAGCACGGAAGGCGAGCAAAUUCAGCGACACACGCGAAAUCGAUGCGGAAAUACCAGUCAUAGUGGUCACCUACACAGUCAACAGACUAUCCCUGGAAGCAGUCACUAUACUGGGGGAAGCUCGAAUGACACGCCUGCUUCUCCUAUCGGAGAUAGAGGGGCGGAACAUAACCAUGCCGCCGCGUCCGAACAGACAUCAAACGGUAGAGUAGGCAUGAAAAACCCGUUUUUUGGUACAGCACCCUCCGUAUCGAGAGCGGCGCCACAAUCAGCAGAGCACUCACAAGUCCACGACGAUGUGGAGCAAGCGCGGCGACGAAUUUACAAUUACAACGACAAUGGGCAGCGUCCUAAAUACGCAACUGUCGCAAACGCGACCGAUGACCCUGGACUUAUGACGCUCGACGAGCCCGCGGACGACAGAGUCAUGCUUCCGCAAGAAGAUUAAGACUUCCGUAAAUCCAUCUUCAGAAACAUCUUGGAGGACCUCCGUGUAGGGGGGGGCACGGGUUCAAGAUGACUUUCAAGAUGGAUUGCCUGAAGGUCUAAGAAGAGUCUUUUGAUCUUCGCGCAUACAAUGACUUCGAACAGAGCACAGCACGUCAGCACAGUUGCGAGCUGUUGCCACCGCGAUACAGCUCUCGUGCGGAGCCGAAUUUCCUGCUCUUUAAAUCUUCAAAUGCCAAAGGAGGGAAUCACAGCGGAAAGGGUGCUGGUAGAGGUGCGAACACAAAUAACAACAACUACACCAAUCAGUCUGGAAUCUCGGCAUCGUCAACUGCUGGACCGUCUGAGCAUGAUCCCAACACUGGCUUUGCGAGCUCGAGUUCGAGUGCGACACAACAGAUCCAGCAUGCCGUCUCAAUGGCGACAACUUCACUUAGUUUUCAUGGCGGGAGUGCCUCCACGCACGCUUCUCUUGACGCAACUCGAUCAAGCAGUUCAGCGAGUGCACCUGCUUCCUCUCUGAGGCCGCCGCCGCUUGAACAACCCAUGAGGGAACAGAGUUUGGAAUCGCGUGCACCAAUCUUGCCCCCGUCCCUUUGGGAAGACGACGGACUGGAUGAUAUUGAGGACAAUUUCCUCCGCAAUCGCAGUGGCAGCAAUGCUUCGGAGGGCGGCUCACAACAAGGAACAACAACGGCAAACAAAUAUAUACCUUCGGAAAGCCUCUUGCCAUCUUCGCAGUCAAAUGGUGCAACACCGUCAGCAGGGGCUGCAGUACGCAGUAGUGUUGAGUCGUUGCGCGGCAGUUCUCUCUUUCUUCUUCCGCGAGGACAGAACUACGCCUCAGGUAGCGCUGCAUCGAUGGGAUCAGCGACACCGUCUCAGCACCUUGCAGGGGUCGGAAUAUACCCAAUCCAGCAGCAACAACAGCAUUCCUCGACUCCUUCAAAUGUGUCCGCAAAUCGCUACUCAGGAAGCGCAGGUUCGGCACUAGCAGCACCAUCAGCAGCGGCGCCUUCCAGAUCGCUGCUCGGAAGCCGUACUGCACUUCAAACAAAAGUUUCGGUCUCCGAGAGGUACCCGCGUCCUGGCAGUGAUGUCAGCAUUAGAGAACAACAGCCAUCAUCUUCAAGUACAACAACCGCACCUUUUAGCGGGAGCACUGGUGCAACCUUCUCAACAGGAUGUACAAUAGAACAAGUAUCGUUAGGAGCACAGCCACAGUUGUCAUCUGCCGCAAGUAGUAGUAGUGCGUUGUCAUCCACGAGCAGCCUCUCGGGAGGACAUCAGAGGUUACCUAUUCCACGACAACGAAGCGAAAAUCGAGGAACAGGGUUCAUGCGAGACUCACUGAACUCGGAAAUCGAGGAUGCUUUUCUAUCGUCGCUUGGCGGCUCGUCAGCCUCUUCAGGUCAAAACUCCGGCAUUGCAAGCCAGUCGAUGCUAGUGCAUUUCCAUCAGUAA